AGGCUUUAGCUGAGAAAGAAGCCCAUUAUUUGGUCCAAGUACAGUAGUAAACACGGCCCAUAUGUAUAAAUCAAUCAGAUACCGCAACUAAUUUCUGGCAAUUAGGGUUUUUGUGGUUUCAAAUUUCAUGCGUUUCAGAGCGCAGAGGAUUCGCCAUUAGAGGUGAGCAUCCAUAUGGUUGCGUAUUUAUAUACGUACAUACAUACAGAGGUUUUUGUUUAGAUCGUAGUACUCAGUAUUUAAGCUCACAAACUCGAAUAGUAGCGGCAAAAGGGGAUUCCCGAAUUUGUAAUAUUGUUGGUGUAGUUGACGGUUUUGUAGUUGGAGUAUUUUCACAUUUCAUUGCAGUGGAAGUUCGCAUUCGACACUGUCGGCCCUAAUCUUAUUUUCUUCCCCAGUAGAUUAGAUUAAAUAAGAGGACCUGAAAGCCAGCCCUAGUGAAUGGAGGAGGACGAUUCGGCAACUCUUGGGAAACGUAAGGUACCCGAAAAUGAUACGGAAGUAGUAGUUCCGAAGCCGCAAGAAUCUGCAUCCAAACGCCGUAGUAGUAGUUCCUCCGCACGAACAUGUGUGCACGAAGUCGCCGUUCCAAGCGGCUACACUCCCACCUUAGACGAGACCAUUCACGGGACCUUGUCAAAUCCUGUUUAUAAUGGCAAGAUGGCUAAAACCUACCCCUUUAAUCUCGACCCUUUUCAGCAAGUUUCAGUGGCAUGUUUAGAGCGAAACGAGUCUGUUCUUGUUUCCGCCCAUACUUCAGCUGGGAAAACUGCUGUUGCUGAGUAUGCAAUUGCUAUGGGUUUUAGAGAGAAACAAAGGGUUAUAUAUACUUCCCCAUUGAAAGCUUUAAGCAACCAGAAGUACAGAGAGCUAAGCCAGGAGUUCUCUGAUGUUGGGUUGAUGACUGGCGAUGUCACUCUCUCGCCAAAUGCCAGUUGUUUGAUAAUGACCACUGAGAUCCUCAGGGGAAUGCUUUACAGAGGUUCCGAGGUUUUAAAGGAAGUUGCUUGGGUUAUAUUUGAUGAAAUUCACUACAUGAGGGAUCGAGAAAGAGGGGUUGUAUGGGAAGAGAGUAUAAUAUUCUUGCCCCCAGCUAUUAAAAUGGUAUUCCUUUCGGCAACAAUGUCCAAUGCUACCGAGUUUGCGGAAUGGAUAUGUAAUUUGCAUAAACAGCCUUGUCAUGUGGUGUACACCGAUUUCCGACCGACGCCUCUGCAGCACUACGCGUUCCCUAUGGGGGGAUCAGGAUUGUAUCUUGUUGUGGAUGAAAAUGAUCAGUUUAGGGAGGACAAUUUCAUGAAAGUGCAGGACUCUUUGGCGAAGCAGGGCGAUGGUAACAAGGGUGCUAAUUCCAAACCAAGUGGCAGAAUUGCGAGAGGCGGGACUGCCUCAGGUGGUUCUGACAUAUACAAAAUUGUCAAGAUGAUUAUGGAAAGGAAGUUUGAACCGGUCAUAAUUUUCAGCUUUAGCAGAAGAGAGUGCGAACACCAUGCAAUGUCGAUGAGCAAACUUGACUUUAAUACCCAAGAGGAGAAGGAUGUUGUGGAGCAGGUUUUCCAAAAUGCAAUACUUUGUUUGAAUGAGGAGGAUAGAAACCUACCUGCUAUCGAGUUGAUGUUGCCACUGCUUCAACGAGGCAUUGCUGUUCAUCAUUCUGGGCUUCUCCCAAUUAUCAAGGAACUGGUGGAACUUCUCUUUCAAGAAGGCCUUGUUAAAGCACUUUUUGCAACAGAGACAUUUGCUAUGGGUCUAAACAUGCCUGCAAAAACUGUUGUUUUUACCAGUUUUCAGAAAUGGGAUGGAGAUAGUCACCGUUACAUUGGAUCUGGUGAGUAUAUCCAGAUGAGUGGAAGAGCAGGUCGUCGCGGUAAAGAUGAGCGUGGUAUUUGUAUUAUAAUGAUUGAUGCUAAGAUGGAGAUGGAUUCACUGAAGGAGAUGGUUUUGGGUAGACCGGCUCCAUUGGUCAGUACCUUUAGAUUGAGCUAUUACACCAUUUUGAAUUUGAUGAGCCGUGCUGAAGGUCAAUUUACUGCUGAGCAUGUUAUCAGGAAUUCAUUUCACCAAUUUCAGUAUGAGAAGGCUUUACCAGAUAUGGGGAAUAAGAUUUCGAAGCUCGAAGAUGAAGCUGCGAGGUUGGAUGCCUCUGGAGAGGCUGUGGUUGCUGAAUAUCAUAAGCUGAAGCUUGAUAUAGUCGAGCUUGAGAAGAAGAUGAUGGCUGAGAUAACAAGGCCUGAAAGAGUUCUUUAUUUUCUUCUUCCUGGUAGGCUGGUCAAGGUACGGGAAGGAGGAACAGAUUGGGGUUGGGGGGUCGUAGUUAAUGUGGUUAAAAAGCCCCCAGCGGUAUUAGGCAGUUUGCCUCCAGCACUUUCUUCCACACGUGGUAUCAGCUACAUCGUGGAUACUUUACUUCAUUGCUCUCUUGGUUCAAGUGAAAAUGGUUCUCGACCUAAACCAUCUCCACCUCUUCCCGGCGAAAAAGGUGAAAUGCAUGUGGUUCCUGUACAGUUGCCCUUGAUUUCUGCUCUUAGCAAACUCAGAAUCUCGGUUCCUUCUGAUCUCCGACCAAUAGAAGCAAGGAAAAAUAUCCUUCUUGCUGUUCAGGAGCUUGAAAAACGGUUCGCUCAAGGCCUUCCAAAGCUUAAUCCUGUUAAGGACAUGGGUAUUGAAGAGCCAGAAUUUGUUGAGUUGGUCAAUCAAAUUGAGGAGCUUGACCAAAAAUUGUUUUCACAUCCGUUUCACAAGGCUCAAGAUGACCAUCAGAUCAAAUGUUUCCAGAGGAAAGCGGAAGUCAAUCAUGAAAUUCAAAAGCUAAAAGCCAAAAUGCGUGAUUCCCAGCUUCAAAAAUUUCGUGAUGAACUUAAGAACCGUUCUCGUGUUCUGAAGAAACUUGGCCAUAUUGAUGCUGAUAGUGUUGUCCAGUUGAAGGGACGGGCAGCCUGCUUGAUAGACACAGGAGAUGAACUCCUUGUCACGGAGUUGAUGUUCAAUGGUACCUUCAACGAUCUUGAUCAUCAUCAAAUUGCAGCUCUUGCUAGUUGCUUCAUUCCAGUAGACAAAUCAAGUGAGCAAAUACAGUUACGGGCAGAACUUGCUAAGCCAUUGCAACAACUGCAAAACAGUGCGAGAAGAAUAGCAGAGAUACAACAUGAAUGCAAAUUGGAAGUAAAUGUAGAUGAGUAUGUGGAGGCAGCCGUUAGACCAUACUUGAUGGAUGUCAUAUACUGCUGGUCAAAGGGAGUAUCUUUUGCGGAGGUUAUACAAAUGACGGAUAUAUUUGAGGGCAGUAUUAUACGGCUCGCUAGAAGGCUUGAUGAAUUUCUGAACCAGUUGCAUGGUGCUGCUAAUGCUGUGGGGGAAGCUGAUUUGGAGAAGAAGUUUUUGGCAGCCAGUGAAAGCCUUCGCCGAGGUAUUAUGUUUGCCAAUUCCUUGUAUCUGUGAAGUGUUGUGAUCCUCUGCAGGAUCGUUGCACUAACAUCUCAAAGCUGUCACAUUCCUGCUGCUGAAGUUCAAGUCAUUGUAGUUAAGAAUGCGCGGUUUUGGCGGCUUCUUACACAAUUGUUCUUAUUAGAGCAUCUCCAUUGGACUUAUUAAAUCAUUUUUAAGGUAGUAGUCCAAUUUGGCUGUUGCAAUUUUAUCCUAGUCAACUUGUUGAUCAAUAGUGUUUGUAAACUUGGAAAAAAUUAUCAUGAUCUCAAGAAAGAGAAAGAAUCAUAAAGGUUCCAUGUAAGUGAUAAAAAAACUCACCACCUCUGUUUUUAUCUUC